UUAUUACCAUUCUUUUCUUGGUUAAAAAAAAUAGAUUAUAUACCAGAGGAAGAAAGGCCACAGACCAUCACCAUGUUGAAACAAGACAUGCCAAGUGGGAAGGUCCUCCUGAGCUUCGAGUCUAGUCCGAGGAGCAAGUCUCGCUACCAGACCCUAGCGGUGAAGACAGAAGAGCCAGAACCGGAGGAAGCCAAAGAAUAUGCCUCAUUCUUGAAAGCUCAAGAGAGAAAAUGUGGUCCCGACGGCUACCUAGACUCCAACAAGUACACCCAUUCUUUCCAGGUCCGUGGGAAGGUCCUGGACUCGAAGGGCAGCAAGCCCAAGAAGGAUGGCACAAUGUCACCGGCACCAGCCAAGUCUGCCCCACCCAGCCUUGGGGCACAGAUGUUUGGGGAUUUGACGGGGCCCAAGAGGUCGGAGACCGUGGUUGAUGUGAUGCAGAAGGUAGCGGUGGAUGAGAGGGAACAUGGGAGGAGGAUGAAGAUCAUUGAGGACCAUAUGUGGCAGCACAGACAGGAAGAAAGAGAUCUAAAGCGAGCAGAGGGAGACCUGAUGAAGAAUCAGGCCUCACUAAAAAGGACCAUGAGGGACUAUGAAAUAGCAAUCAAUAGAAAGAAAAAAUCAGAAGACCAAAAGAUGUUAGAUAAUAAACAAAAAGAGUUUUUCAUCACAAGGGAUUACGUACAUCAAAAGGAAACGCAAACCAAAAAAAAUAUAGAAAAGGCUGUUGCAAAACAGCAACAACUCAAAGAUGAGGAUCGAAAGGUGCUCCUAUCAAUCGGAGACCUUGAGAGGAAAUACCGUGCCAAGAUGGACGAGAUCGAGCUACGUCGUGUCGAGGUUCAGAAACUCAGCGAAGAAUUUACCAAGAGGAUGGUCUUGAAGGAGGAGGAGACCCAUCGUCUCAACAAGGAACUCACCGACCUCGCUCUCAACAUCAACAUGGAGAUUAAAAAGAGUCAGACUAUGGUCAAGGAUACCAGAGAUGACGUUCUGGCUGAAGGAAAUGAUAAAUGGAGGCAGACAAACGAGACAGAAAGGAAAUAUGAACAGAAGUUGAAGAAAACAAAAGACAAGGCAGACUCGUUUGAAAACAACAAGAGGAAACUCAGCUUAGAUAUCACGCUAGCACGGACAGGGAUGGAGGAGAAGAUUCGUGAUGAGGGUAGAGCGCUUCUGGAUACCAGGAAUCAACUCGGAGAUAACCGCUUCACUCAGAAGAAACUUCAAGAGGAAGCUCUGAAUACCAAGCUAGACCUGACCAAUAAGAAGAUAGAACGAAGAUUGCAGCUUCACAACGCAAGGAGAGAUAAGAGACUACAGAAUAUCAGCGCUGAUAAGAAAGGAAUGCAUGAGGCUUCGGUGGCUAAAUGGGCCGAGAGGUACAGCAAGAAAUAUUACGAUGCUUCCAGGAGGGAGAAUGAAGAUGCAAUGAAACAUGCUCAGAGGACAGUAGCUAAGCUGGAAGAGAUUGAGCAUAACAUCUCAAACCGCGUCAGAGACUCGGAACUCUCCAGGAAGCAGCAAGAGCAGCAGGUCAAGCGUCUCGGCAGCAAGCUGGCUGAGAUGAAGAGACAGCACCAGAUGCUCAUCAAACAACAGAUGAUCGAUUGUGCGAACAAAGAGAGAGAUUUGGAACAGAAGUUGAUGAGGCAGCAGUCUGAACUAGCAAAGGCUCAUGCAAAUCGUGAAGAAGGGUACCUUACACUCCAGAAGCACAGACUCUCUAUGCAAGAAGAUAUUAAUAUACUCAGUGAAACAGCAAGGGAACAUCAAAGACUAAUGAGAAUAGGACAGAAAACUGACCUGAUGAACAGCGUACCUUGAAAAUUUCUUGGAACAGUUUCAUAUGCUAUCAACCUUUUCUAUUUCAUAGUGCAAUGGUCAUGUACAGAUUCCACUGGCAUUUUGAGCACUUUCAAAAUGUCUCAUGGAGCAGUUUCAUCUGCCAUCGAUCCUCUGCUCAGAGUGCAGUGGCCGUGUACAGAUUCCUAUGUCAUUUAUUAGCACUUCAGCAUUUCUCAGACCAGGUCCACGUGCUAUUAGUCUUCUUCGCUUCAUAGUGCAAUGGCCGUGUUCAGUUUCCAAUGGCCUUUUGAGUACAUGGUAUGUAUUGGCGGUUCCCUGACUCUGUAGAGUACAUUGGCAAAGGCCAUACUAUACAUUAGUUGUUGUUUUCUGUCAGUUCUACGGUAUAUGUGUGGAAGUGCCGUGGUGUAGCGGUUCUGACUCUUGCCUUUUAAUCAAGGGUCGUGCGUUCGAAUCCCAGCAUGGCCUAGCGUCCUUUGGCAAGGCGUCAAUCCACACUUUGCCACUCUCACCCAGGUGCUAAUUGGGUAAUGGUUGGAAGCAACCGUCAUUAUGGUUGGUUUAGCAAGUGUGCAUCUAACAGGCUGCUUGAAAUGCUAUGAAUCCAGUGACCAGGUAAUAAUAACCGUGAACCACUUUUAGCUAUCGUAGAAUGAUAAAGCACCAUAUGAAUGCAAAUUAUAAUUAUUAUAUGUUACAUAGAGAUGUACUGACAGAAUCGGCAUAGUCGGCCACUAAGUUGGACAUCCCCCUGGCAAAUCGAGGACAAAGCAGUCUAAUACAGCAUUUUGGGUUUCCUGGGUGAGGAAUAUGUACAUAAUAUGAGUGCUUCAUCAAUCUUAAAAUCUAUUGUGAAAAUGAUUUCAUUUGCAGGAACACCCAUAUUUCCUAUUUACUACUGCUAAUGAAGCACAAAAUUUUGUGAUACAAGGCCCUUGAAACUUUCAUAAAUCUAAUUUGUUUGAUAGUAUAAUAAUUUCUUAUCAAAUGUAUCACUAUGCUACUUGAUUGAGUUUAAUUAUACAUUGUAUUUCAAGCUAUAAUCUCAUAUGCGUAUGUAUAUUUUUUUUGUGGAAUAGGAAAUUAUCUUGCAAUAUUGUAGGUCAUGGGAUAUGAUAUUCCAUCUUAAAUACAGUUUUCAGAUUUUGAUAUCAAUAUAUGAGUGAUUAAUUGAUUGUCCUUCACCUUGAAAUUGCACUUUUGAUUGUCAUGUUUUUGCUUUUGAAAUGUUAAUAAUUACAGAAAUAUCUAAAAUUGUGAUCUUUCAAGACAGGAAUAUUUCAAUAUGCUGCACCUUUAAUUUCCUACCUUGAUUUAAUUCACUUUGAAUCAUGAUGUAGGAAUAAACAGAUUUUCUACCUUAGAUAAUUUCAUAACUAGGUAGCAGGCAGAAAAUGAGACAAAUUAUGAUUAAUUAUACUCAUUUUAGGAAGAAUGCUAGAAAUUUAUUUUGUACAGUAUUCUUGUACAGAUAAAAUUUUUAUCAUUCCAGUGAUGGAUGUGAAUAUAAUUGUUAAGUAUAUGCAGUAAUAAUCAAUAUCGGUUAGUAUGCAUAUGAUGUAUACAUGUGGGUUAAUCUUAUGAUCUUUCAGAACUUGGGUUGUAUGAAUAUCUUUAUUAUUGGAUCAAAUUUAGUCUGACAUGGGCACAUGUCUGAAGUCAGGUUUAACUUAGACCAUGGUCUAACUCUGCUAAAAUUAUGGGAAGCCAAAUGUGUCAAAAUUAUUUUAUUAAGUUGUAUGUUUCUUGUGCUAUUUCCUGAUUCAUCGAUGGUGCAGACAAUAAUCUAUUUAUACUUCCUAGACAAUUAUAAAUGAUUUGAGAGCCAAAUGAGCUGAAAUAAGAUAUUUCUACGGUUGGUGAUUUAUGUAACAAUUGGCUAUCCAUACUUAAAUUACAACUUUAAACCCGAGUUUAAGUUAAACCCAACUUCAGAAUACGGGCCAUUAUGUUUAUGUUUUAAAUAUGUUUCAUGAUUUUCUCACCUUCUUGGGUAUGAUAGAUGCUUUCUGUAUCAUGAUUGAAAAUACAAUUGAAGAGAUACUGCAACUGUCAAAAUGAAUGUCAUCAUAUGAAUGACGUCAAUUUGUAUUUAUUUGUCCAUUCUCCAGCUCUUUAAUUGCAAAUUACAUAAAUAUAUACAUGCAUAUAAUCCUUUACAUUCAUCAGAAAAUUAACCCGUUGCCUCCGAGAUUCUUUGAAUCCCAUAGGUUUUACACAGGGACCACCCGGUUCCCGUAAGCAAUGGGUUAAUAGAAAUGGAACAGGUACUGAGUCAGUACAUCUGCAUGUUGAUAUUUAAUGAAAUCAAUUUGUAAUCAUGUGUACACUAUCUAAUAAUAAUAAUAAUAAUUGGAUUUAUAUAGCGCUUUUUCCAGAGGAUACAGAGCGCUGUUCAUUCUCUUAUUUCAAUUUGAAAUGAAAUUAUACCUUUUACCUUCACAUUUCUUAUUAUCUAUGCAAUUUACAUGUCCAUAGCCAUAAACCCUAAUUGUUUAAAAUCAACAUUAGUUAACACUUACAUAUUCCACACUUUUUAAAAGACAAUUACAAACAUAUGGUAUCUCACUUUACUGUAAAUGCAAUAUUAUAUGACAAGUUUGAUAUCCAAAUCCAUUAGUGCCUUCUGUUUUAGUUUGCCAGAAAAAUAUCAAAUUGCCACCAUUAGUAUCGGUUUAGUUUAUGAGGAAAUUGGUAGAAACGUGAUGGUGAUUUAUACAGCAUUUUAGCAAAGUGCAAUCCAUGAAUUUACUGACAUCCAUUAUGGAGGUUUUUAAGAUUAAGUUAAGAGUUUGAAUGUAUGUAUUUCUUGACUGAUAAUUAUUAUCAGUAGUUGACAUGAUUCAAAGUCUAACUCUAGAGCCAGUUGAGUCAGAUAAAUAGAACAAAAUGAAACAAGUGUAGCAUUGGAAAUUGUCAUCAAUAUUUGAUUCUAAAUAAAGGAAGUUAAUGACAUUUUUUUAUUUUGUUUAAUU